UCACUUGCAACAAGUCAUUUGCGAUGUGUCCAGAUAGUGUCUUUAUUUUUGACUGUUUGUCCGAUGGCAUCAGCUCGAUGAGGACUAAAACAAUUAGGCAAGUAUUAGUUGCUUUAAAUCAAUUGUUCCGACAACAUGGACUUGUCCAGCGAUUCGACCCAUCGCAGCAUGGUAAAAUUCCUAACAAUCACACUGGUAGCCCUUAUGACAUUUUUUGGGCUCCUCUCCAACCGCUAUUAUUCUGGCAGCCGCGAGAAGUUCAGAUUCUCAAUAAUAUAUCUCGUUUAUGACAUUUUCUGGACUGUUGGAUUUACGAUAAUGUAUGGACACCAGAUUGUCAAGGAAUACUAUCAGGGUCAGAUAAACCUACGAGAUGCCAUCACGCUGUACAGCUACAUGAACAUUACAGUGGCAGUUAUAAACUAUGUAACACAAAUGAUCAUAAGUGAACAUGUAGCCAAGAUGAUGAGUGCCGUACCCUUCUUCGAGAUUCUGAGGAAGUUUCGCCUCAAUAGCAAAUCGCUGUAUAUUGCCAUUUCGACGGCUUUUAUCAAGUCUAUUGGGUUCCCCUUCAUCUUGGAGGUGGCAUUUAUUCUACAGCAGCGGCGCCUGCAUCCCGAACUAAGUUUAUUUUGGACCAUAUACAGACUGUUUCCGUUGGUCAUCUCAAACCUAUUGAAUAAUUGUUAUUAUGGCGCAAUGAUUGUAGUAUUGGAAAUUAUUAAGGCCCUGAAUUUCCGUGUGGAAACGGUCCUCAAGGAGGUUAAUAUUUUGCAAAGGGAGGAGCAAUUAAAGUUGAACACCACCUACUACCGCAUGCAGCGAUUCUGCUCCUUGGCCGAUGAACUGGACAGUCUGGCGAUCAGCUACAGGUUAAUAUACGUUCAUACCGGAAAAUACCUAAGCCCUAUGUCGCUUUCCAUGAUCCUAUCACUGAUUUGUCAUCUCCUCGGAAUGACAGUUGGAUUCUACAGCCUAUACUACGCCGUAGCGGAUACUUUCAUUGGCGGAAAACCGUACGACGGCUUGGGUUCCCUCAUCAAUUUGGUGUUCCUCUUCAUUUCGCUAGCGGAAAUCACACUACUGACCCAUUUGUGCAAUAACUUGUUGAUUGCCACCCAAAGAACUGGCACACUUUUGCAGGAUAUGAAUCUGCGACAUGCAGACCCUCGCUUUCGCAAAGCUGUCCAGGAUUUUACCCUAUUUGUGACACUCAGUCGAUUCAAAAUCAAGCCCUUGGGUCUGUAUGAACUAGAUAUGACACUGAUUAUGAAUGUCUUCUCGACGGUGGCCAGCUUUUUGCUUAUCCUGGUGCAAGCGGAUCUCUCGCAACGGUUCAGGAUGCUCUAGGAUGUGGUGGUACCAACCUGGCUGAACUGCAUGAGGUUUCCCGAC